CUUAUAACAAAGAUUCCAGCACUUAUAGGUAACGUCAAGUGACCGAGGGUGAGGAACGCGAGGAAAACACUCUUCAGCACCACCAGGAAAAUAUAACUGAUGGAGGAAUGGCUCAAAGUGGACGUAUUCUAGGCUAUGUUCCCAUGACUGAGUUCGACGGGCAGGUUGAGCCCACCAAACUAGUGCGGUUGAAGGUAAUAGGCGGUAGUGGACUAGCAAAAAAAGACAUUUUUGGUGCAAGUGACCCUUAUGUAAAGAUUGAAUUAAUAAACAUAAAUGCUAAUGGAGGAGAUGAUGUGGUGGAUGAGGUUCACACCAAGACCAAGAAAAAGACACUAAACCCAAGAUGGGAUCAGGAGUUUGUGUUCAGAGUGAAGCCAGCUGAACACAAGCUGGUGCUGGAAGUGUUUGACGAGAACCGACUCACACGGGAUGACUUCCUGGGCCAAGUGGAGCUGUCGUUGGUCAACCUGCCACGCGAGGUGGAAGGACGGCAGAUCCCUCACCGACACUUCAAGUUGCAACAACGGAGAGGAUGGAAAAAAGGUUCCCGGUCCAGGGUGAAGGGCCACCUACAGGUCUACAUGGCAUACAUUGCCGAUGAUGGUGCCAGCAACAGUGGGGCAUCUGGUGAGCAGACUCCAGAGGAGGCUGGCUGGGAAGUGGUGAGCAUUGACAACAGCAGUGGCCAGGAGGAAUCCCCUGCACAGCCUGUUGUAGUGCCCAACGACAGCCAGAGUCCACUACCUGGUGGCUGGGAGGAGCGACAGGAUGCAAAUGGCAGAACCUACUAUGUCAACCACAAUGCUCGCACCACACAGUGGGAGCGUCCCACCAGUUCCCAAGGCAAUGAUGAACAGGAGCGGUUUCAGCGGAUGGAAUCUGCACAGAAUGAAUUCAGAAAUGAAUUUCGCCGAAGGUUCCAUAUAUCGGUGGAUGACAGUGAGGUGUCUGGAGGUGGGAAUAACUCCAGAAUCCUACAGUGGCAACAACUCGGUGCCCAAGAAGAGGGUGAUGAUGGUGAUGAGGAUGAUGAUGAUGAGGAUGAUGAGGAUGAGGAUGGUGAUGAGGAGGAGGAGGAGGAUGGGGAGGGACACCAAGAGGAGGCACAACCUGCCUUUGAUCAAGUUGUGUCUGGAGAGAUUCAGGAGGUACAAAGUUCAGCAGGUCAACGUCCAUCCCCUUCAAAAAGUUCCCCUGCAACCCCUACCUCUGUCACCACCACUAGUGUCACCAGUAAUGCACCCAAGCCCCAGAACCAGACCACCAGUACUAAUGAUGAGAUGCUUCCUCGAGGAUGGACCAGCCAAGUAGCUCCCAAUGGCAGAGUGUUCUUUAUAGACCACAUCAACAAACAGACCACCUGGAUUGACCCACGCUCUGGGAUGCCAAGCUCGCCACCCAACCAACGUCACGCCAACAACUUGAAGCACGAGGAUGAGCUUGGACCACUGCCUGAGGGCUGGGAGCAGAGAGUACACACAGAUGGACGGAUCUUCUUCAUUGACCAUAAAAAGCGCACAACAACUUGGGAGGAUCCACGGUUGCUGAACCCAGCCAUUGCAGGCAAGGCAAUACCAUACUCCAGGGACUACAAGCAGAAGUAUGAAUUCUUCAAGAACAGACUACCAAAACCAGCUAACGUCCCCAACAAAUUUGACAUCAAGGUCAAACGUAACAACAUUCUUGAGGACUCAUUUGCCAUCAUCAGCCAGGUGUCUCGUGUUGAUCUCUUACGGACCAGACUGUGGAUUGAAUUUGAAGGGGAGGUUGGUUUGGACUAUGGAGGGGUGGCCAGAGAAUUCUUCUUCCUGUUGUCAAAAGAAAUGUUCAAUCCCUAUUAUGGUCUCUUUGAAUAUUCUGCCACAGACAAUUAUACCCUCCAGAUCAAUCCAUACUCAGGCAUGUGCAAUGAAGAGCACUUGCGAUACUUCAAAUUCAUUGGUCGUGUUGCUGGCAUGGCUGUGUAUCAUGGGAAAUUGCUUGAUGCCUUCUUCAUCCGACCAUUUUAUAAGAUGAUGCUAUCUAAACCCAUUGAACUGAAGGACAUGGAGAGUGUGGACUCAGAGUACUACAACUCCCUCCUCUGGAUCCAGGAAAAUGAUCCAGCAGACUUAGAUCUGACCUUCAGUGUUGAUGAGGAGACCUUCGGGAGAACCACGUCACAUAACUUGAAGGAGAAUGGAGGGAACAUUCCUGUCACCAAUGAGAACAAGAAUGAGUAUAUUGAGCUGGUCAUAAACUGGCGCUUUGUCCAGCGCAUCCAUAACCAGAUGGAGGCGUUCCGGGAGGGUUUCAAUGAUGUGGUGCCCAUUUCCCAUAUCAAGAUUUUUGAUGAGAAUGAACUGGAACUGCUCAUGUGUGGCAUUGUUUCCAUUGAUGUGAAGGACUGGCGAAGCAACACUGUCUACAAGGGAGAGUAUCACCCCAACCACAUUGUCAUUCAGUGGUUCUGGAGAGUGGUGUUGUCCUUUACUAAUGAAAUGAGAGCACGCCUUCUCCAGUUUGUCACUGGUACCUCACGUGUCCCUAUGAAUGGAUUCAAGGAGUUGUAUGGCAGCAAUGGGCCUCAACUGUUCACUAUUGAGAUGUGGGGAGAAACCAAAAACUACCCACGCUCCCACACAUGCUUCAACCGUCUGGACCUUCCACCAUACCAGUCCUAUCAUGAACUGCGUGAAAAGCUCAUCAAGGCCAUCGAAGGGACUGUUGGCUUUGCUGGUGUGGACUAAAUGCAAGUUGUUGCUGCUACUACUGAUAUCUGUGAUGAUUGAUUGUAUGUCAGAGUUUAUACAAAAAUUAUGAUUAUAUACCGUUCAUAAUGAGAAUACAGUGUGUGUGUGUGUGUGUGUGUGUGUGUGUUGUGUGUGUGAGAGAGAGAGAGAGAGAGAGAGAGAGAGAGAGAGAG